AUGCAGUCCAAUACCACAUCUUCCUCUAUUAACUUAGCCAAAACCUAUGCUGCAGAGCUAUUGCCGCAAAAUCAACAAAAUUGGGAAGGUACGAAGAGAUUUUUGGAAGAAAUUGUCAAAAUUCUCCUAGAAUAUAUCAAUGAGGAAAAUCGACGAGAAAGUAAAAUAUUGGAUUUUCAUCAUCCAGCCGAAAUGCAAAAAUUAAUCGAUCUAAGUAUUCCGGAUAAUCCAUGUACUUUAGAAGAGUUACUUCAGGAUUGUCAAAAAGUAUUGCGUUUGGGUGUUCGUACCGGACAUCCGCGCUUUUUCAAUCAAAUAUCAUGCGGACUUGACCUGAUAUCAAUGGCUGGUGAAUGGCUUACAGCUACUGCUAAUACUAAUAUGUUUACUUACGAAAUUGCACCAGUUUUUAUCUUAAUGGAAAAAGAAGUGACGAAGAAAAUGGCUGAAUUGAUCGGUUGGCAGGAUAGUGAUGCUAUUUUUGCUCCCGGUGGUGCUAUCUCGAAUAUGUAUGCAAUGAAUGCUGCACGACAUGCACGCUUCCCGAGAUGUAAACCACUUGGACAGGGUGAUCUACCAACUCUUUGCAUUUUCACCUCCGAGGAUAGUCAUUAUUCAAUCAAAGGAGCAGCAACUGUAAUGGGUAUUGGUACUGAUAAUUGUUUCAAUAUUCCGACUGAUCCAUCUGGACGAAUGAUACCUGAAGCAUUGGAAGAACGUAUAAUACAAUGUAAAAAAGAUGGUAUGGAGCCAUUUUUUGUCUGUGCAACAGCUGGCACUACAGUAUACGGUGCAUGGGAUCCAAUAUCACAAAUAGCAGAUAUAUGUGAUCGUCAUAAAUUGUGGCUUCACGUUGAUGCAGCAUGGGGUGGUGGCCUUUUGCUGUCACCGGAAUAUCGUCAUAAACUUUAUGGUAUAGAAAGAGCUAAUUCGGUCACUUGGAAUCCGCAUAAAUUAAUGGGAGCAUUAUUACAAUGUAGUGCCUGUUUUAUAAAGCAAGAAGGUCUUUUAUUCCAAACUAAUCAGAUGUCAGCUGAUUAUUUAUUCCAACAGGAUAAGCCCUAUGAUGUUAGUUUUGACACUGGUGAUAAAGCGAUGCAAUGUGGUCGACAUAACGAUAUCUUCAAACUUUGGUUAAUGUGGAGGUCAAAGGGUAUGACAGGAUAUCGUCGACAAAUCAAUCGUCUGAUGGAUUUAGCAGCAUACUUUACAGCUCGAAUUCGUGAAACGGAGGGUUAUGAAUUGGUUAUUGAUCCGCCGGAAUUCUUGAAUGUUUGCUUUUGGUAUAUACCGCCAAGUCUUCGGAAUGUUGAAAAAGCUGAACGAAAUGCUCGAUUGGAAAAGAUAGCACCAAAAAUUAAAGCAAAAAUGAUGGAACGUGGAACAACAAUGGUUGGCUAUCAACCGGACAAGCAAAGACCGAAUUUCUUCCGAAUGAUUAUUUCAAAUCAAGCAAUCACCAAAGAAGAUCUUGAUUUUCUCAUUAGAGAGAUUAUAGCUAUUGGUAGUGAACUUUAA